AUGUCACUGGAAGCUGGUGAUGCAGUCUACCUCUUCAUACUGACUAUUCGACGCCUGAGUGGCAAACCCAUAACGACAUACAUCAAAAGCAAGUAUGGCAAGACAGCACUGGACACUUUUAGGAGGACGGAGAAGCUUUCCUACCGCUCCAAAAAGCUGCAGAAAGACAUAAAGUUCCUGAAUUUAUGCAAAUAUUACGAUGUAAUUCCCAAAUUUCUCAACUUCCGUGUUCACAAUCCUGUAUUUGAAAGCACCCAAAUAUAUCGCUCCUGGUGUUUUGUACUCCUAGACAGAGAAAUCUCCAACCAAAAGAAAAAAGAAACUGUAAUCACUGACAAACUUAAUAAGGAUUAUCUUAAUCUGAAAUCUAUACUAUCUCCAUUGGACUAUAUUUGUAUUACUAGACUGAUCAACAAUAAUGUCCACAAGAAAAUGGUUAAGGUUGACAACAUUCACAGUAACAAACUUCUAAAACUAGGUAAACAAUCCAAUGAUGCAGAAAAUUUCACUUCACCUCUACAGACGCUUAAGAAUGAUGAAACUAUAACAAUCACCAAACCAGAUAAGGGUCGUGGAGUUGUCAUUUUAAACAAACAUGACUAUCAUCAAAAAUUACUUAGUAUUCUGGAUGACCAUACCAAAUUCAAGAAAAUCACUACUAAAAUAUCCACCCACUUGUUAUACCUCGAAGAUAAACUUAAAAGACUUCUCCGGGCCAUUAAACCAUCCAUCGGUGAAAGCACCUAUAAUUUCCUGUCAACUUCUGGCUCCCAACCCGGAAGGCUAUAUGGUCUCCCCAAAGUUCACAAACCAAAUAUCCCUCUAAGACCCAUUAUUUCAUCGAUUGGUACUUUUAACUACAACACUGCAAAGUUCCUGGUUCCUAUCAUUUCCCCGUUAACUACCAAUCAAUAUACCAUUGAAAAUUCCACAGCCUUUGCAAAUGAAAUAACCUCUCUUGACCUUGAACAACCCAGCACUAUGGCGAGUUUUGAUGUGGAAUCGUUGUUCACGAAUGUGCCACUUCUAGAAACCACAGAGAUUAUAGUUGACAACAUACAAACCACCCAUCUCAACAAAUUUGGUUUAACAAAAGAUAGCUUCAAGAAACUACUCAAUAUUGCAGCUCAUCACUCUGUUUUCUCGUAUAAUGAUGAUCUUUAUAUGCAAACAGACGGAGUAGCAAUGGGUUCCCCACUUGGCCCCUCAUAUGCCAAUGCCUUCCUUUGUCAUCAUGAAAUUAACUGGCUUAAACAGUGCCCACCAGAAUUCAGACCUGUCUACUACCGACGAUAUAUUGAUGACACUUUCGUUCUAUUCAAACACCCUUCACAUGUUAAUUUGUUUUUGAAUUACCUUAACUCUAAACACCAAUGUAUUAAAUUUACCUGUGAAACACAGCUCAAUAAUCAACUUCCCUUUCUAGAUACCUAUGUUACCAUUGAUAAUGGACGUUUCCAUACCAGCAUUUACCGUAAGCCAACCUUUACUGGCCUCGGCCUUCAUUUCCUCAGCAAUAUUCCAUAUAUUUAUAAAAUCAAUAGCAUAAGAACACUCAUCACUAGAGCAUAUAACCUAUGCAUGCUAGAAAUAAUACAGAUAAGACACAGUUGGAGAAAAGAAGAAUCAAUGACUAGAGCAGAAACAUAA